AAUGCUAAANCUAUCCUGGAGACCCUCUACAGGCUUCCCGUCCCAUUGACUCCACAUGAAAUUGGAGCUCUGAUUGUUAGUCCCACCAGAGAACUAGCUUCACAGAUCAGUGAAGUUUUAGCAGAGUUCUUGAAGGAUUCUGAAUACAAAUUAUCCCAUAGAUUAUUUGUCGGGGGAAAUAAAGUUGGUUCGGACGCAGUAACCUACUCCGAGGAGGGGGGAAAUAUCCUUGUUGUAACUCCAGGACGGAUUGAAGAUCUUCUCAUUGGCAAAUCCUCAGGUGCAUCUGUUGGUGAACACAAGGUUUCCAAGGGUUUGAAAAGUUUAGAAAUUCUAGUUCUCGACGAGGCAGACAGAUUACUCAGUUUGGGAUUUGAAAACAGUGUAAACACGAUCCUUCAGUUCUGUCCUAAACAGAGAAGAACCGGUUUAUUCUCAGCUACACAGACAUCAGAGAUAUCAAAUCUUAUCAGGGCAGGGUUAAGAAACCCUGUAAUGAUAACUGUGAGAGAGAAAGGAACUGAUGCUAAUGUAAUCUCAAGAACUCCAAUCAAACUAGAAAAUUUCUAUUGUCUCUGUGAACCUAAGGCUAAAUUUGCCCAACUAGUGGAGUUCCUGCUCUUACAUAAACAGGAUAAGAUCCUAUUGUUUGCUGCCACGUGUGCUGUAGUGGAUUAUUUCUCUAUCCUGCUCUCAAAACUUUUACCUGGAACUGAUGUCCUAGCUAUCCAUGGGAAGAUGAAGAAGAAAAGAUACAAGAUUUUUGAAAGGUUUAAGAACCUUGAAUCAGGACUCCUAAUCUGUACAGAUGUAAUGGCGAGAGGGGUUGAUAUUCCAGAGGUCAACUGGGUUCUACAGUUUGAUCCUCCAAGCAAUGCAGAAUCCUUUGUGCACAGAUGUGGCAGAACUGCUAGAAUUGGGAAUCAGGUUGAGCUGGAUAAAACCAGUUUACCGGAACCCAACCAGGAUUAUAUUGAAACCAUCAGGCAGUUCGCCAUCGAGGACAGAGCAGUCUUUGACAAGGGAAAUCGUGCAUUUGUCUCCUAUAUCCAGUCCUAUUCUAAACAUGAAUGCAAUGUUCUCUUAAAAAUAAAGGAUCUUGAUCUGGGUGGGGUAGCGAGCUCCUAUGGUUUGCUCAAGAUGCCUCGUAUGCCAGAACUCAAGAAAAUACAGAUUCAAAACUUUACUCCAGCUGCAGGGGUAGAUGUUAACAGUAUUAAAUAUUCAGGUCAAUUCAUCAUCAACUGUUUAUGUUUUCAUGAUAAGCGGCGGGAUAAGAAGCAGCGCAGAGCAGAGAAGAGGUCAAUGAAGGGGGAGAAGGAGGUGGAGGAGGACAAAGAGGAUGAGGAGGAGUUCGAGGCGGGUAAGAUGAAAUCUUCCAAGUUUGAUGAAGCUAUAGAACUAGAUAAUAUGUCAGAUGUAGAGGAAUCUUAA